UUGCUGUCGUGCUGUGAAUCAUUUGGAACCACCAAUGGCUUAUUUGAAAGAGGAUCCCUUCAUCCAAACUCAAUCCAAUUGACUGAAGGAGGAAAUAUUUCACCACAAUCAAUUAAUUUUCUACAAAUAAAUCUCAGCUCAGCACCAGAUGAGGUUUUUGUUGAUCAUGAAGGGAAGAGGUUGUAAAGACACUAAUUUUCUUAAGUGUGGCUCCACCUUCCUGUUCUUGGCUGCAUGUGCCUUUAUCUUCCAGCAAUAUCAUAAGAAGUUUCAUUAUAAAAUGAGGACCACCAUCUCACCAGCAGUUUCCCCUGAACCUCAAAAGCAUCAUGACUUCUGCAGCAUCCAUCCACGGUCACCGCAGGAGGCUCUAGAAGUAGAUUACCUAAAAGACUUAAUUGCGUGGCCUGAAACUCCCCCAGUACCAUCCCCUUUUUCCUUCAAUGAGACCAGUGAUCCGGCUCACAGUACCUUCACCAUUCUCCCUCGGAGAGGAGGGCAGCAGUGGCGUGUAGGGGAUGAGCUGGAAGUGUUCAUAAAAAUUCAAGACUUCCAUGGUCGUCCCAAGAUGACUGGAGGAGAUGUCUUAGUGGCCCGGCUUCACAACCCUACUCUUCAGGCAGGUGUGGCCGGACAAGUGGUGGACCAUCACAACGGCAGCUACGUGGCUGUGUUCUCCUUACUGUGGGAAGGAAGUGCACAUGUUGAGGUCACCAUGGUCCACCCCAGCGAGGCAGUCACAGUUCUCCACAAACUGACCCACGAGCAGCCUAACAGGGUUUAUUUCCAAAGCCUCUUCCGAUCAGGUUCAAUCACUGAAACUACCACCUGUAAUGUGUGCCUUAAUGGACCUCAGGAGAAGCUAUGCAACUACACUGACCUCAUUACUGGUGAUCUGUGGUUCUGCUACAAGCCAAAGAAAUUAACGUGUGAUGUCAGGGUCAAUCAUGCCAAAGGGGGAUUCAGACAAAAACUCAAGCCUAAGGAAGAUAAGCUCUUUCAAAGCAAGGUCAAUAUGAAAGUCUUCAUUCCUGCUUCUGGACCUGAAAACAUCACUGUUCUCCCAAAACUAAAAGAUCAGCCAGAGAGGAAAAGCCACAUUGUGAAGAUUGGACCUUCUGGGUAUUAUUAUCAGGGUGUGUGGCGAGCUCUCAAGGGUACCACAGUUCACCAGUUCUACACCACAAUGAUGAGUCAGUGUCUGAAAGGCAAGGUGGUCCACUUUUUUGGAGACUCCACCAUCAGGCAGUGGUUUGAAUACCUGAACUCAAUAUUACCAGAUCUCAAGGAGUUUAAUCUGCACAGUCCGAAGCAAACGGGACCUUUCAUGGCCUUGGACUAUGCCAACAACAUUUUAGUGACAUAUCGCUGCCACGGACCCCCUAUCCGUUUUGGCAACGUCCCACUCAGUCAACUGCGUUACAUUGCCAAUGAAAUAGAACAUGUGGCUGGAGGCACCAACACUGUUGUAGUUAUUGGCAUCUGGUCGCACUUCAGCACUUUCCCUGUCGAGGUCUACAUCCAGCGGUUGCAGGGUAUCCGGAAGGCCCUGGUACGGCUGCUGAACAGGGCUCCAGGUACCAAGGUCAUCAUCCGGACUGCAAACCCCAAAGCUCUGACGCUCUACGAGACAUUGACCAACAGCGACUGGUACUCAAUACAGCGGGACAAGGUUCUGAGGGCUAUGUUUGAAGGAGUGAAAGUCCAUAUGGUGGAUGCAUGGGAGAUGGGCCUGGCCCACCAUCUGCCACACAAGCUCCACCCACAACCGCCUAUUGUCAAGAACAUGAUCAACGUUCUCCUAUCUUACACAUGUCCUUCAAAAGCAGUGGCGGGCGGUGCAUUUCACACUUAGGCCUUCAGUGAUGUCCAACUUAAUCAAUAAAUACCUUUCAUUAUGCCAGCAUUCAUAACACCGGGACUGGAGAGUAGUUAGAAAACACACUUAAGCACUACUCAGUCGUGAACAAAAUGGGCUAUUAUCCGGCACAUUUUAAAAAUCAACAAACCUGCAUCAGCAAUUAAAACAUAUCUGGUAAUCUACUGUCAAAACUUAAAGAUAAAAGGAUAAAAGGAAAACUGGCUUAUAGGCUUCUGGCCUGUUGUUGCUGGUACAUCUGAGUUAUAUAUAUAUAAAAAAAAAGAUCUUUCUAAAAAUUUGUAUUAAAUGAGUCCACAAAAAAUAUGCAAGCUUUAACAAGAUUGUACAAUAAAUUGCAAAAUCAUAGUUUAAUAUCAGAAACACUAACAAGACGGCCAUACUUUGGCGACAGCGACACAAUAAACAAGUCUCUUUAUGAAAAACCUUUUCAAGUAAUGACGUAUCACGUCUUUCUGUGACCUGUUGCUUUGAGUACAACCAGAGUGGCGACACUUCCAUAGGACUCCGUUGGAAAACAUGGCGGACAGCACUUCCUGGCGUUGUGGCGUUGAUUUCAGUGGUCGCACGUCGAGAAACUCCUGAGGUAAGGCGAUGAAAUAUCGACCAAUUUUAAGUCAUUAUGCGUGUUUAUUAUAUCGGAGGCGCUUUUUAAGUUAGAUAUGAUUUUUUAAAUUUUUUUAAUUCAUACAUUUAAUAGACCAAAACAUUGUACGGUGAUUUAAACAAUGCAGGAGUAGAUCACCUGUUACCAAUGAAUUAAUUAUAUUGUUAAGCUCUGAUUUAAAAAAAAUAUUACAUGUUUAUAUGGGAUGUUGAGUUUAAUUAUUUUAAAGGUAAUCCUGAAAGAGCCUUGUGAGGUUUCUGCUGUCAAUAGACUCCACAAGUGGGGUAGCUAUAAAUAACAUGAGCUGCAAAAUAAUUUUGUGGCUGUUCCUUUUCUUAGUUGUGUAUGUGAGUCAUGUUUUCUUCUUGCAGGGUUUGCUGUUCCUAAAGCAAUGCCUUCUCCACCUCCAGGAAUGGGAACA